AUGCCAAUUAAUGAAGACCUGAAGAGAAGAUUGUUGGCAGUUGAAAUAAAUUAUUUGAGAAGAAGUGCUAGAACAUCAAGGCAGGAAAGGAAGACCAACGAAUCUAUAAGAAAUACCAUGAAUGCUACAGAAAUGGUCAUUGACAUAAUAGAAAGAAGAGGUUCAAAAUGGUUUGGACACCUAUUGAGAAUACCUGACGAAGGCUGGUCCCAAAAACCUCACAAAUGGAAGCCCCAUGGAAGAAAUAAAAGAGAUGCCAAUUCCAUAAUGGAGGAGGAAUCUGAAGCUGAUGAAAAAAAUAAAAAAUAUACAAUUAUAGUGUCUGGUCUCGUUAUACACUUUCUUCUCCUUCUCGCAGUGUUUGACGUGUAUUUUGCCAGUCCCCUAGACAAUGGAAUGUCACCGAUUAGAAGUACCUCUAAUCCGCCGGCUAAGAGAUUAGUGUUGUUUGUUGCAGAUGGAUUGAGAGCAGAAGCUAUUUUUGGUGAAGAAAAAGAAGAACUGAUUCCUUUUUUGACAGAUAAGUUAAAAAAUGUAGGGAGCUGGGGUGUUGCACACACAAGGGUACCGACAGAGUCCAGACCAGGUCAUGUGGCUAUGUUAGCUGGAAUAUAUGAAGAUCCUAGUGCUAUUUUAAAGGGUUGGAAAUCUAAUCCUGUUAAUUUUGAUUCUGUGAUUAACCAAAGUACUAAUGCUUGGGCUUGGGGAAGUCCUGAUAUAGUUAAAAUAUUCAAUAAAGACAAAUUAUCUAAAAUACACAUAUCUUCUUAUGAUGCACAAAUAGAAGAUUUUGGCAAACAGGAUACGGGUAUAUUAGAUACUUGGGUAUUCCAAAAAGUUGAUGUUUUUUUGAAGAACGAAGUAAAAAGUUGCACAGAAAACUGUGAUCAAUAUUUUACAAACGGUAACACAUUUUUUCUGCAUUUACUGGGAAUUGAUACUGCUGGACAUGGCUACAAACCACAUUCCAAAGAAUAUAAAGAUAACAUUAGAUUAGUUGAUAGGAAUAUUGCAAUUAUUACGGAAUUAUUUAAUAACCUUUACCAAGAUGGUUUGACGGCUUUUGUCUUUACUGCUGAUCAUGGAAUGACAGAUUGGGGAUCUCAUGGUGCUGGAACUGACCAUGAAACUGAAGUACCUGUCAUAGCAUGGGGAGCAGGAAUUGAGAAAAACCACAAACGACAAGACAUUAAUCAAAUUGAUUUAGCUCCUAUGUUAGCAUCACUUAUUGGAAUACACAUUCCUAUAAACUCCUUAGGAAUUUUACCAGUAAAUUAUAUUAAUUCUAGUCAAGAAAAUAAAGCACAAAUGAUGAAGUCAAAUGUAUUAGAGUUGUUAGAAAUAUAUAAUCGAAAAAAAUUGAGAACAAAAAGUGGUGCUUUAUUGUAUAUCCCUUUUAAAUUCGACGAAUUUAUAAAUGAAAAGUUACAGCAACUGCAAAGUCUUAAUACUGAAUCCCAAACUGACUAUCUUAUUUUUGAGUGUCAAAAUCUUAUCAAGUAUUUGGACAAACAACUCCAAAAAUGUCAACCCCAAGGAGGAGCGAUUCUUCAACAGGACUCUGCUCCCUGUUACAAAUCAAAGGAAAUUAUGGCAUUUUUUAAAAAUAAGAUGAUUAAUGUUUUAGAUUGGCCCGGUAAUUCGCCCGACCUCAACCCCAUUGAAAAUGUAUGGGCCAUUUGCAAAGCUAGACUGCGAAAAAUCGACUGUACCACUAAAACAAAAAUGAUAGAAGCGGCCAUUUAG